GCGAAUCGCAUCAAGGCAAGUCACAUUGGCAUUCUGAAAAGUGUUCAAGUUUCGAUCAUGGACCGUCUGCUGUGGAGUUUAUUAGUUUCUUUGACUGUUGCUGCUAGAAGUAAGGAAGUGAAAUCGAAUGUUCUUGACAAACCGCAAACGGACAGUGUGUCUGGGUUCGCUUUGGAGUUACUGUUAAAUCAACAGGAUACGCUGCUGUAUAACUUUCGGGAAAUACAACAAGAGCUACGGGAACUACGUAAAUCCAUCAGUGAAACUCAAUCCAAUCAGCAGCAGUUGCGAAGCACACUAUCAAACAUGACGCGCACGUAUUACGGUUACUUUCCUUCGUGUAAAGCUGUACCUAUUAAGGUAUCGGGGAAGUACAAUAUCCGUGCAAGUGAAUCAGUUUCCCCAUUCAUCGGAUUCUGUGAGCAAGAGAAGUUUGAAGGAGGAUGGUUGAUCAUUCAACAGCGCUCUAACGGAACACUGGACUUCGAUCGCGACUGGAUCGACUAUCGAAAUGGAUUCGGUCAAGUUGGCGAAGAGGUUUGGAUUGGAUUAGAGCAGAUUCAUCAAAUGACGACCGCACGAGCUUGUGAACUCCUCGUGGAGCUAACGGAUUUCGACGGCACUCAUAAAUAUGCGCGCUACAGUAGGUUUGUGAUCGGCAGUGAAGCAGAACAGUAUCGCAUUAGAACUCUGGGGACAUACAGCGGAACUGCUGGAGACGCGUUUGGAAAACAUAACGAAAUGAUGUUUACGACAAGGGAUCGUGAUAAUGAUAAGGAUAAAGAAAACUGUGCCCGUCAGUAUAACGGAGGCUGGUGGUUCAAGAAUUGUCACAUUGCGUUCUUACACGGACCGUAUGUGAAUAACAGCGGUAAAAAAUCCGGAAUCUUUUGGUAUCCUUUCAAAAAUAGUUGGAGUGGGCUAAGUAGUUCAAAGAUGUUGAUACGACCUUUAUAAAAAAUAAACAUAAUGCUCAAAUGGCAGGAAUCAAACAGCAUGGACAGCUUUAUGGAUUUAUUCUUAUUCUUCAAACGAACUUCAUUUAAAUAUAAGUUCAAGCGAUCUGCUAGCUUCAGGGGCUGCUGGUAGACUGUGCGCCACCUCUUUUAUCUAUCGACGGGACACGUGGUUGUGGUUGCUGCAAUCCCUUGCCC